CUGUUUCUGAAUUAAUUCAUUCAUUCAAAAAAAAUAAUAAUCAUCAUUCCCUUAUUCUUAUUACACGAUCGAUCGAUCAAUCAAUCAAAUCUCAAUAAUUUAAAAGAAUAAUAAAAGAAAGAAAAAAAGAUGCCGCAAGUGAGGAUAAUAGCCAAGAAUUUCAUGGACAUGGUGGCUUCUUUACCUGCUAUCAAACUUGACAAACUCUACGAUAAUGCCUUCAUUUGUGAAGCUAUUCUCAGGUCUUUACCACCAUUGGCCAAGAAGUAUGUUCUUGAAUUGUUGUAUAUAGAUGAUCCUUUGACAGUCAGUUCUUUGGAAGCGUGGGUUCUUUCUGAUGGUGCUUCAAAGCAUAGAGUUGCUGUUGAUAGACUCGUUCAGUUGAGAGUAUUCACUGAAAUAGCUGAUAGUGUCUGCAGAAAGAGGGAAGUCACUUACAGGUUAAACCCUAUGUUUCAGAUGAACCUACGGAAACAUAUUGUUCACGGUGGUGUAUUGCCGAGAGAACCUAUGGCUGCAAAAAUAAAACUCCCAAGCUUAGAGGAUUUAGACAUCUAUGCCGCUAAACAAUGGGAGUGUUUCCUGCUGCAUCUCAUAAGCUCUGCCGAAGCUGAAGUUACAACAAAAAGCAUCAGUCCUUCUAUGAUGAAAGUCUUCCAGCGAGGCCUUUUAAGUCAAAAAGAAAAAGAAGGUUCCCGGCUAACAGAAAGUGGUUUUCAGUUCCUGUUAAUGGAUACCAAUGCACAACUUUGGUAUAUCAUUAGGGAGUAUAUCACUAAUUCUGAGGAUAGAGGUGUGGAUUCAGCAGAUCUUAUCUCAUUUCUAUUGGAACUUAGUUUUCAUGUUACUGGCGAGGCAUAUAAUAUGAAUACUUUAAGUGAUAUACAAAGGACAACAGUUAAGGACCUUGCAGACUUGGGACUCAUCAAACUCCAGCAGGGGAUGACAGAUAGUUGGUUUAUUCCUACUAAAUUGGCGACAAAUCUCUCUAUUAGCCUGUCAGAUGCAUCUUCAAGGAAAGAGGGAUAUGUCGUCGUGGAGACGAACUUCAGGUUAUAUGCCUACUCAACCUCUAAGCUACACUGUGAAAUCCUAAGACUAUUUGCAAGGAUAGAAUAUCAACUUCCUAACCUUAUUGUUGGGGCUAUUACAAAAGAGAACCUGUACAAAGCCUUUUCAAAUGGCAUUACAGCAGAUCAGAUAAUUUUAUUCCUCCAGCAGAAUGCUCAUCCUCGUGUUGCAGAAAGAGUUCCAUCUGUGCCAGAAAAUGUCACGGAUCAGAUAAGGCUGUGGGAAUCAGAUCUAAAUCGGGUAGAGAUGACACCUGCUCAUUUUUUUGAUGACUUUCCAUCAAGGGACGUGUUUGAAGCAGCUUGUGACUUUGCAAGACAGUAUAGCAGUUUGCUGUGGGAAGACUCGAAAAAGAUGCGUCUCAUUGUGAAAACUGAAAUUUAUGGACACAUGAAAGAGUUCCUUAGCCAUCAAAAAUAGCUGCAGUCAAUGGUUCGUCUCUUGGUAACCAUAGGAAUAAUAGAACAGAGAUAAAAAAAAAAAAACCUGCAAUUAUGUAAAUCUUUCAAUUCUCAUGCAUAUUCUCUAACCAUGCACUCUGUCACUGCUGAAAUCAUUUUGGAGUUCCUAUAUUAUAGGAUAAAUAUAGCAAUGAUGUAGCCUGUUUGCAUUGGUACAAACCAUGUUAAUUCUAUAUAAUAGUAAUCAUAUUGUCAGUAAGAUGCUAGUACCACAGAGGCAUUACAUAGUCGACAAAUUUUGCUUGAUCAAAAACUAUGAGGAAGGCUUGCACAUGAGUUUGACGAUACGUAUGAUGUCUAUGAGGAAGGUAUAUCUGAAAUGAGCAUUCUGCAUAUUGAUGGACAUCUCUCUUCGUGGCCAAACCAGAAACUAGAGUAUGUUUGGUGUCAUUUUAAUGUCAAAUAUAUUAAAGGGUUUUCGGUGGUCUUCUUGCUUGAAGUAACGGCAUGGUAGCUGUGUCUGUUAUGUUUUGCAUUGUUGCUUAUGUAACUGGUUGAGUGUGGUAUUAUUCACAUCAUAUGUACUUAACUUUCACCCAAAAAUAUUGUAUGAUCAGAUGUCUGUUUGUGUCGUAAAUACGUGUAUACCUGAGUGGUAACUUGUUUGUUC